AUGGUGGGUUCUCCUCGGCAUUUGUUGGCCCAGUGGAUGGUGGCGAAGCUGCAGCCGUUACGGAAUUUGGUUUGUACUUUCUGCGUGAGAGACACGUUCGAAUUCAUUGAGAGGAUAUCUGAAAGCAACCUUGUUAACAAAAGGAUGAUAUCAUUCGAUGCCCAGUCGCUGUUCACAAACAUUCCAUUGCUCGAAACCGUUUAUUACGUAUGCGAGCUUGCUCGGCAACUGCCCAUAUACACAACUUUUCCGGAGAAUUUGCUAAAGGAGGUGCUACUUCGUUGCACGUUAAAUGUUCAUUUCACCUUCAAUGGUGAAAUGUAUCGUCAGAUUGACGGAGUGGCCAUGGGAUCUCCUUUGGGGCCGCUGCUGGCUGAUAUUUUCAUGGCGAAAUUGGAACAUGGCCCACUUGCAACGCACAUCCGCGAAACCGAAAUGUACGUACGGUAUGUUGAGGACACCUUCGUAUUUUGCAAAUCCGAAAAGCAUGCGGAACGGUUGCUGAAAGCUUUCAAUGACGCACACGAGAAUCUCCAUUUCACUUGUGAACACGAACUCGGAAACCGAUUACCUUUCUUGGAUGUAGAGGUUAUCCGUAACUCGGACAGAUCAUGCAGCAGAAAGCGCACAUGGACUGGGCAGUACACUAACUUCCACAGCGCAGUACCACUACAGCAUAAGCGGAGUUUAAUCAGCUCUCUCGCCUUCCGGGCGCGCAGUAUUUGUACACCGGAUACCGUCAACGAAGAACUACAGAGAAUCAGCGACGCCCUCAGGGAAAAUGGCUAUCCUGAUAAAUUUAUCAUGAAACAUUUGAAGGAACGCAAUCGAAAGCCACCUAGGAGCAUUGCUCCUAAGAAAGAGCUUUUCGUACAUAUACCCUUUAAGGGCGAUUUUGCAGUUGAUAUGUUAUCCAGACGCCUAAAAGACGCUGUCGAGAAAACUUAUUUCGCGGCCUGCCUGAGAAUCGUUUUUCACAAUAAGCCGUUGCUUACGAAACCCUUGAAGGAUAGACUACCGUCGUUGACCCGUUCGAUGAUCGUUUAUCAGUACUCGUGCUCCUGUGGUGCACGAUACGUGGGUCGCACGACAAGACGCCUAUCUCAGAGGGUUCGUGAACACAUCCCAGCAUGGUUUUACAGAGGCGAAAUGAGGUCUUCAGACACCUCAAUCAUGUCGCACCUCCUUGAAUGUGGCCACACAGCUUCAGAGAAUGACUUCAAAGUUAUUUAUUCACUUCUUGAACACUUCACCCAAGAAUUCCGCAAACAGCUCUUAUCCAUCACAAUCUGA